AUGUACCAUUUUGGUGGUACCGUCCUCUCAUUGACUAAAGGGUCCACCACCCAUUGGCCAUACACUUCUUCAGCGACAAGUAAUGCCUCAUCUGGAUAUUUUAAGCCUUGGAUUAGCAUUUCUUUGUAUAUAGAUGACACUAAUAACUUCUAUUUAGUUAAACGUGCGAAACUUGGAAGAAGGUUCCAGUAA